UUGAUUUUUAUUUGAUGGAUUGUUUUUGGAGUACUUGGGCCCUCCUUAAGGAAGGCGGUCGGCCCAGCCCAGUGGGAGGGUUUUAUUCCAGGCUGCAGACAUCUACAGACUCUCUGCUGCACCACAUUUUAUUAGCCAUGGCAUCUUCACUGAUGAGCCUGGUUAGUGAUGAUAGCAGAUACCAGAAAGCCUUCCAGCUUUUUCUGGAGCGCUCCUCUGAGCAUCAGUGUAUGCGGGACUUCAUCCACAAUAUGCUGCCAGAUAUACUGGCCAGCAUCGGAAAUGGAAAGUCCCAUCUAAAUGUCAUAGGAGUUGGAAGUGGAGCUGGUGAGAUUGACCUUGAGAUGCUCUCCGAGCUCCGUCUGAAGCACCCAGGGGUGACGGUGGAUAACGAGGUGGUGGAGCCCAGCAGCACUCAGCUUCAUAACUACAAAGUUUUGGUGUCACAAAAACCAGGUUUGGAUUACAUCAAAUUUAACUGGAACCAGAUGACUGCCACUGAGUUUGAGGAGAACUGGAAAGUGAAAAAGAUGACUAAGAAGGCUGACUUCAUUCACAUGAUACAGAUGCUGUACUAUGUGAAGGAUCCUGGAGCUACCAUGAGCUUCUUCCAGAGUCUCCUGGACAAGAAUGGGAAGCUUCUUAUCAUUCUAGUGUCUGGUGAGAGUGGUUGGGAAAAGCUGUGGCGGACCUACAGGAAUCAACUCUGUAACACAGAAAUAAGUCAGUGUGUGACCACUGCAGACAUCAAAAGCUUCCUGGACUCCAAGGCGCUGAGCUACCAGAGCUACGAGCUGCCAUCUCAAAUGGAUAUCACCGAGUGUUUCACCGACGGGGAUGAAAAGGGAGAGCUCCUGCUUGAUUUUCUCACUGAGGUGCUGGACUUCAGUAAGACAGCCUCAUCUGAACUGAAAGCUGGUGUGUUGGAGUUACUUCGGCACCCAGACUGUAGUGUGGAGUCCAACGGUAAAGUUAUCUUUAACAACAACCUUGGAGUGAUAGUCAUAGAUCAGCUCACUUAAAAAACAAGCGGUUCAUAUAGUGAAUUUGAAAUUUGCAGCAGAUUAAUAACAUGCUUGUAGCUUUAAGGGUGAUUGUUUCAAAUUGUACAGUGUAUAAUUUACUGUAUGUAAGUAACUUGUUUUAUCCUAUGGAAAAUGCCUUUUUUCACAUGAUCAAUUCUGAUUUCUAAGAACAGUUAUUUUGUAAGGUGAUACCAGUAUUAUUUCUGGAUUUUGUCUAUGCUUGCGCAAAAUGAAAAUUAACUGAUUGUGAUUUUUUACAACACAUUUUACUUAAGUGUCAUGACUUAAGUGUGAUGGGCUACAGCUGGCAGGCUGUGCUCCCAACCCUAUCACACGAUUGCUCCCAUUGGAUCAUAUUACUUUGGAAGUAUAAAGAUAAAUGUGAAAUAGAACAUUUAAUUUUCCACAGAGAUCGAGCUGUUAAGUUUGAUAGAAUGCACCCUCCUGUGGGGGUGUCUCGAUUCGGUGUCUUUGCAUUUUCAAUGUUAUGUAUUGAAAUGGUUGCAGAUUAUAUCAACAUCAAGCUGGCCUUUCUAUUUUCCAUUGUAGCAGUUGUAGAAUUAACAUGACAAAGAAUGUUUUUAUAAUUAUUGAAUCUAGUCCCAUUUCUAUAUUUAUCAUUAAACUUUGUAAUAGUCCAAAUACACACAAAUAAAAUGCACAAAAAUAACUGUUAUACAAAUGAUUUUGUUUCAGUCUCAUGUCAGUCUGAAGGAUUUUAAAGUAAGAGGCAUUAAGAUGUGGUGGCAACCUGUACAAGAACAAUUGACUGGAAAAUAUAAAACAG